GAAAAAACCCACCGACGAGGGUGUGGAUCCUUCAUCUAUGUUACACUCCCACCUUCAGGAUCCCAAUUUUUAAUUCAAAUCUCAAAAUCCAACACUAAAUCUUAGCUCCGAGUGUGUACACUUUAUAAUAAUAAAAUUGGGAGCAUAACAUUAGCAAUUAGAUCCGCCGGGAAGAUCCGAAAUGGCGGCUGCAGUCCGGUCAGGCCGGUCGGAUAUGUUGUCAUACAGAGUGUUCGCUUCCGCUAUGUUUACUUUACUCUUCAUUCUUACACUUUCAGUUCUUUUUUCAUCUCAUCCUUCACAUAAUGAACAUCUUGUGACACAGACUAAUGGGGAUGCAUACAUUCAUCGGUCGGUUCUGGGAUUGAGGCCAGAUCCAUUAAAGACUAGGUUAGAUUUAGUACAUAAACAAGCAAAUGAUCAUAUAGCUCUUGUGAAUGCUUAUGCUGCUUAUGCAAGGAAGCUCAAGCUCGAUAUCUCGAAGCAGCUGAAGACGUUUGAAGAUUUGGGUAAGACUUUCUCAGAUCUUCAAUCAAAGCCAACUUACCGUACAGCUUUAUUUGAUACUGAUGGGCCUAUGGAUGAGGAUUCUUUGAGACAGUUUGAGAAGGAGGUUAAGGAUAAGGUCAAGUUUGCAAGGUUAUUGAUCUCCGAUUCAAAGGAGUCUUAUGAUAAUCAGUUGAAGAUACAAAAGUUGAAGGAUACAAUUUUUUCUGUUAAUGAGUUGUUUGUGAAGGCAAAGAAGAAUGGACUGUUUGCCAGCUCGAUUGCUGCAAAAUCAACUCCGAAGAGUUUACAUUGUCUUGCCAUGAGGCUUAUGCAGGAGAGAAUUGCACAUCCAGAAAAAUAUAGGGAUGAUGACCCUAAGCCUGAAUUUGAAGACCCUACUUUAUACCAUUAUGCCAUAUUCUCGGAUAAUGUAAUUGCAGUAUCAGUGGUUGUGAAUUCAGUGAUAAAGAAUGCAAAGGAGCCAUGGAAACAUGUUUUCCAUGUCGUUACUGACAGGAUGAAUUUAGCUGCAAUGAAGGUUUGGUUUAAGAUGAGGCCUAUUAAGGAAGGACAAAUUGAAAUCAAAUCUGUAGAGGAUUUUAAAUUCCUUAAGUCCUCAUAUGUACCAGUACUCCGCCAGCUUGAAUCUGUAAAUCUGCAGAACUUUUACUUUCAAAAUAGAGCAGAAAAUGCAACAAAAGAUGUGAACAACAUGAAAUUUAGGAAUCUGAAAUACUUGUCAAUACUCAAUCACUUAAGAUUCUAUUUGCCAGAGAUGUAUCCAGGGCUUCACCGUAUUUUAUUCCUGGAUGAUGAUGUUGUGGUUCAGAAGGAUUUGACAGCAUUGUGGAGUAUUGAUAUGGAUGGAAAGAUCAACGGGGCAGUUGACACGUGCUUUGGAUCUUUUCAUCGCUAUGCUCAGUAUUUGAAUUUCUCGCAUCCUCUCAUUCGGGAGAAGUUCAAUCCUAAGGCUUGCGCCUGGGCAUUUGGGAUGAAUAUCUUUGACCUUGAUGCUUGGAGGCGUGAAAAAUGCACGGAGGAAUAUCAUUACUGGCAGAACUUGAAUGAUGACCGGAGUUUGUGGAAACUGGGAACACUUCCAGCUGGGUUAGCCACCUUCUACUCAACAACAAAAUCAUUGGAUAAAUCGUGGCAUGUUGUUGGUCUUGGCUACAAUCCGAGUAUUAGCAUGAAUGAGAUCCACAAUGCUGCUGUGAUUCACUUCAACGGGAAUAUGAAGCCUUGGUUGGACAUAGCCAUGACCCAAUACAAGGAGCUUUGGACCAAAUACAUUGACUCUGAAAUGGAGUUCGUGCAAAUGUGCAAUUUUGGCAUGUAGAGGACCAUUCUGUUGCUGCCUCAGAAGCAAAGAGGUUAUAAAGAAGCCAAAUCACCGUCAGUUGCCUCAUUGUUCAUCUUAACAUGGAAGGUUCUUUUCUUCCAUUUCUUAUUUGUUUGAUCAUAUCUCUCAGAGAGAAGCUCAGGCUGUUGAUUUAUUUUAUUUUACUUUUGAUAAUCGAGAAAUGCCCGAGAGCCAGUGGUGCACGGUUCAAAAUUGGGUAGAAGAUAGGCUUGCCCCUCUACCCUUCACUUAGAUACUAAGUUCUUUGUCUGUGACAGGGUUCAGAGCGUGAUGUGAACUUAACCCACACAUCACGUGAUACAUCCAAUUUUGUUAAGUUUCUUGUUGUUGUAUCAGUUACAAGUUUGAAACCAUAAUUCUCAGCUUCUGUACACAAUGAAAUUUUUCUUUGUAAGGAUAAACAGAUUCUUAAACUAUUAAUGCACUUACAAAAUUUUA